AUGACAGAUUAUGAUAUUCAUCGGCUUCCUGACUUCAAGUAUCUACUCAUCAACCCUGUCCUCGAGACUUUGAGUCGUGCCCUCGAGCCGACGAACCUUGAGCAUCAAAUUCAAAGGAUGCCCAAGCUAAACACAGAUUCGAUGGCCAAGAUGUUAGGCAAUAAAGCCGACGCCACAGGCGAAUCAGUGUAA